UGCGUUCAGAACUCACACACACUCUCUCUCUCUCUCUCUAAUUCUCUCUGUUAGAGCCAUGGCUGAUAUUACAUGCUUCAAUGUCAAACCCUCUGAUUCUCUCUCUGUUGUUACGAAAGAAGAUACUCAAUCUCCGGGCAAAGUUUUCACUCUCCAACAAGACGAAGGUACAUCAAUGGAGAAAACAUGUCUCAUGUUCGAAUCAUUUCACUCCAUCUCCCAGAACGACGUCGUCCCAUAUCACGAAACCACCGAUUCCGGGUCUUCAAACUCUCUAACUACUGAUUUCAUUUCUGGGUCAUCUGAUUCCGAACAAACCAUUCAAGAAUCUCCGGUGAUUCACGAGGUGAGUCUUGUCUCUGAUCUUGCUUCUCUAAAAGAAAGCUCGUUCUCUGAUUCCUUUGAUAAAGAAGUGAAAGACUUCGAAUUGGGAAACGACAACAAGUUCUUGGGAAACGACGUUGAGGAGCUGGGUUGUCCUUUAGCUUUAGGUGCGGGAAAGAAGCAGUUAUUGGAAGAAGUUGAAGCCUCGAUUAUCAUGGCAGGCGAUUCUGUAUCGACUGGUGAAAUGAGAAAUGGUUUCCAAGAUGGGGAAAAAGCGAUUGAUUUUGAUCAUAUUCAAGUUCACACCAGCAACAAGUUCUGGGGAAACGACAAUGAAUUGGGCAGUCGUUUAAAGAUGAUCAACGAAGAUCCAAGAUGUUCUUUGGAGAUUCAAGUGGUUGAUGAAACCGCCUUGAUUGGACCAGUUUCAGUCCCCAAACUUGGGUGGAAGAUGGAAUUGGUUGCUCCUUCCAAAUCCUCAAAGGGUCAUGUGAACAAGAAUAGGAAGGAAGACUUUCUUGAGAAGGUGGUGAGAGGCUCUCCAAGAAGGCAUAAAGGAAGGAAAAAUGUCGCUUUAAAGAAAGGAGAUAGAAGCAAGAGGAUGUAUUCAAGGGAAGAAAUGGAAGCCUUGAGGUUUGUGAACAUUGUAGAACAGAGGAAGAUGUGGAAAGAUGUGCAUACCGGGCUUGGUCCUAUUGUACGGAAAGAGUAUGAUUGCUUGGUCAGCUCUAAGAAUCAGAGGAAUUUUCAAUUCAACUUUGCAAAGAAGAAUGAACCCACUUCAGUUCUAAGUGUGGUUGGUGCAAGGGGAAGAAGUAACCACAUGAAUGUGUUUGUGCAUUGAAGAAUGUCUCUUAAAGGCUUGUGAUGAUUCACAUAGUUGACAUAUAUAGAUGCUUUCUAGUAAUUGUUCUGUCACUAUUCUUUUAUUCUUUUUGAUUGUAUAGGCAUUUCUUCUUGUGAAGAAGGUUAUGUGUAACAUUUUUUCUUGGUUGGAAACUACUGAUGUUAAGACACAUUUGCUUUCUUAAUUGAAAAAUCUUCUAGCGACU